AUGGGCCCAGGCACCCCCAACUCCGGCACCACCUCCCUCUCCGCUCUUUCCACGACCGCCAUCAAAGACGGCCACACUGGCCAACCCCUCCCUCACAGCCGCCAUUCGCAUCACUCGCCCUCCGCAUCCACCACCUCCACCACCACCCUUGAGGCCGAACGCGCCGAUCGCAUCUCCCGGCUUGCCGGCCUUGAGCGCGUCGCCACCGCCCGCGCCGGCGGCCACUCCCAUCACCCCCAGCGCCACGUCCGCCGCCUCGCACCCGGGCUACUACUUCGAGGGCACCCCGACCCUGAAAGAACGCAGCACCGUCGGCAGCGCCAGCGCCACCGGGAGCGUUGGCGCCCGCACCACCUGGGCCAGCGGCAGCGACGCCUUCGACGCCGACAAGAUGAGCGAGGACCCCGACCCGGACGAUCGCGCCUCCAGCGUCGGCGACCUCAGCGACGAGGGCGAUGCGAGUCUGGUCGGCUUCGGCGAGGGCGCGAGCACUAUCAGCGGUCCGACGUCGUCCGCGGCGCAUCUGCAGCAGCAUCACCUUCAGCAUCAUCCCGGCUUGAACCGUAUGUCCUCGGGCUCCGGUCGGCCGGGUUCCUUUGGCGCCGUUGCGUUCUCCCCGGCUGGGUCGGUGACCCCCGAGCCUGGGGUGCAGGAUGCCAGAAUGGUCGAUGGGGUCACGUAUGA